GAUGUCGUAACAUGUCACGUAGAAUGUGAAUUAUGUCAACGAAAUGCUUAUAAAUACAAACUUAAUAAAAAAAUCUUUAAUUUUAAUAAUUUUAUGUUAAAGAAGACUAAAAUAAUAAUUUAUAUUUUUAAGAAAUUCAUUAUUGCUGUAAUUAAUACAUUAAAAGGUAUCAAGAUUUAAAAAUGACAACAAGUAAAUCAUUGAUUUUAAGCGGCUUCAAAGAAGAUUGUGAACAAUUAAUUGCUCGUUUUGAGAAGGCAGAUGACAUUAGAUUUCAAACUUUUUGUGAAAUUUGGAAAACGAUGAGAUUUUCACUGGUUUUUACAGGUCGUCCAACUUUUUUAGAAUUAUUAGAAUUCUGUGAAGAAACACUGAAUAUAUGUAAACAAUUUCUUCUUUUACCUCCUCGAUUUAAAGAACGUAUUGGAGGACUAUAUCUUUUAUAUGGAAUAUAUUACAAAAUGCCAGUAGAUCAGUUUAAAAUUAGAGUUAAAUUAGAUGAUUGGCAAAAUAUUAUGGAACUUCAUGCAGAAAUAAAAGAAGCAGAACACUUAGAUGCUAAUUAUAUUUUAUGUAAAUUAAUUGUAGAUAAUGCAUUUCACUUUUGUAUUUUUGAUUCAGAGUUUGGAUUGGAAAAACAAUAUCGUGUAAAGAAUGCACAAUGUUUUAAUCCAUAUUCUGUAUUGCCGAUAUUAAAAGAUUUAACUGACAAGCAUCAAAUGUUAUCAAAAAUAAAUGAAAUUAGUAAAGUUUAUGAAGAAAAUAAACAAUUAUUAAAAUUAAAGAAUGACUCAGGUACUAGUUUAAAUUUAUUCAAUUCAAAUAUAGCUGAAGAAAUUAUUAAUGAUAUUCAAAAGUUUGAAGAACAGAAGAGAAAUCAACAAAUAAAAAGUAUGUUUGAUUCUGAAAAAGCAUGUAGUUCUUCUACUUCAAAAGGAACACAUAAAAAAACCCAAUUAAAAGGAACUUCCAAACGUAAAAUGCGACCAUUAAUUGAUUAUGAUUUUCAAAUAGAAUCAAAUGAAUCUGAUGAAGAUGAAGUAUUUGAACUUGAUGAUUAUGAUUCUAAUUCAUCUGAAGAUUUUGAUUAACAACAAAAAUAAAAAUAUACUAUCCUUGAUUGUUAUCGUCGAAUCCAGCACUAUGACCCGCGUUUCGUACAAUAAAACUAGUUCCGUCAUAAUGCAUGCGUCGUUCACCGCGUCGCACAAAAAGAUGAGAUGUUUGACCAAGAGAUGCAGUACAAUGUAAAAAUGGAGUCGUUAACGAAGCUGUACCAUUACUAGGUGAUGUUCGUAAUUGAUAUUUGUUACUAUUUCGAGCAAUCCUAAUAGAGAAAUAAUUCAUAUUCUUAUUGAUCAAUAUAAUUAAAUAUUUUUUAUAUUUAUUCUUAUGAAUAAAAUUACCUGACAAGACCAUCAGGUGUUUGCGAAACUCUAACAUUAUUAAUGAUCCAAUUUUCUACACCUUCAUUAGUUAACCAAUAUUGAGCGGCACCUAAAGCUGCCGUAGCUUCUUGCAAACAUGCUGGACCGUGCCGAGAUCGAGAGUAAAAAACACUAAGAGAAAAGUCCUAAAAGUUAAAGAGUAAAAUAAUAUUUUAGUAUAAUUAUUUUUGAUUUAUAAAAAAUGUUUUAUUUUUUAUACCUGACUCAUAUCUGAAAAUGAAUCCGUAGUUGUUCUUGUUCCCGCCGUAUCAACUAAAUAAACUAGAGCACAUUGUUCUGAAGUAAAGCUCACCCCUUUAUACCACAUCUUUGCGUAUCUGAUGAAGGAUAAUAUUACUUGUUAAUGAUACUUUAAUGAUGAUACAGAUACCACUGACUUGUUAUUGCCGUGGGCAUCAUGGGCCAGGAUUUCAACUCGUGAUCCAUAUUGAUAUAUUCUUCCAUUUGGAUGGAGUAAUGCUGCAGCUGCUCCAGAACCACUCAACGAUAGUACAAUGUUAUUCUACGCUGACGAUAAAUGCAAUUCAGAUAAUAAUCAUGAAUCUUGUCAUAAAAUAGAA